GCGCCUGCUUCGCACGCGCAAGCUCGUCGUUUUUGACACGCGCGACACAUUCAGCCCAGUAGGUUUCGUAUUCUGAUGCGCCGUUAAAAAAAAAACACAAAAAAAACAAACCCGCAGUUAUAGUAUGCUGGAGGCAUGCUUAGAAAUGCUUUUAUGAUAGUGUGCAACGUUUUAUGAUAGUGUGCAAGCUAUAUAGCAACGUUUUAAGAGGGAGAGGGGCUGUGAGAAGCAAAAGCCAGUGUGUUUAGGGGACGGCAGCUUCCCUUGCUGAGAUCUGUGGGUGCAUAGUGCAGGAGCGGGACAGCUACACCUUCCACAUUCUCCCGGUGGCUAAAGGGGGUCUCUCUAAGUUCAUGGUUCACUUCUAGAAAGAAGACUGGAAGAUGACUUCAUUUUCAUAAAGGUUUUGACACCAAGGCCGCAGCACUCCACUAUUGCUGAAGAAUGAGACUUUCCCUCCAGGACUUCAUGUUGCAUCCAUUUUGGCAGUAUGAACCACACCUGCGAAUCCCAGCUGUCCAAUGCAACUGCCGACCCACUGGGGGGGCAUAAGAUUUGGGAGGUGGCCUUGAUUGUACUUGUAACUGGUCCACUGUCCUUCAUCACCAUCCUGGGUAACCUCUUGGUACUUAUCUCCUUCCGGGUCAACAGCCAACUAAGGACCAUCAGCAACUACUAUCUGCUGAGUCUGGCAGUGGCUGACUUAAUCUUGGGCAUGGUGUCAAUGAACCUCUAUACGGCUUACAUCAUUAUGGGGCGUUGGAUGUUGGGACAUUUAGCAUGUGACUUGUGGCUAGCGCUGGACUACGUAGCUAGCAAUGCUUCUGUUAUGAACCUUUUGGUCAUUAGCUUUGACCGGUACUUUUCCGUAACUCGACCAUUAACAUAUCGAGCGCGGCGGACCCCAAAAAGAGCAGCGGUGUUGAUUGCACUAGCAUGGGUUGUGUCAUUUGUAUUGUGGGCACCCGCCAUCUUGUUCUGGCCACAUGAGGCCAGGCGCCCAUCAACGGAGGAAGAGGAAGUGAAGAACUGUUCCAUCCCAUUCCUGGCAGAGCCCAGCCUGACGUUUGGCACAGCCAUCGCCGCCUUUUACCUCCCCGUCAGCAUCAUGAUCGUCUUAUACUGGCGCAUUUACUGGGAGAUUGAAAACAGAGCAAAAGGACUCGCCAAAUUCAUGGGGUCUGUGAGUAGCAGCGAAGGUAAUUCUGUGAAGGUAGACAAACCAUCCAUCUACCAAAACAAUGAUCACAGCAGUUUCAGCAGCUCUAUGGAGAGAAUGCCCAGGAAGGGUCAAAGUUUGGCCAGGAGUGAAUCAGUUGGGUGCUUUCCUGGAAGACCGAAAUCUCUGGUAACAGGAAAUGUGAACACGCAUUCACCAACAGAAGAAUUGAACUACAAGGAGGCUUACAGCAGCAGUAGCUGGAACAUCGACGAUGAGGAUGACGAUGGCACGACCUCUUCAUUCACUGAGGAAGAGCAGGAACAAGAUCUUCAAGGGACGGUGGUGUCUGCAUCGAACCUUGCAGUGAUCAGGCUGAAAUAUCUCCAGGGUAGCUCAGAGGACCGGCGGGAACUUCCAGCCCCACCCGCCGAAGCUACAGAUCUCACAGCAGGGGAGGCCUCGACUCACUCUUCCCCAAAAGUGCCUGGACUGCCAGAUGUCAGCCUGCACAAGCAGCCCAAAGCCAAAUGGCGAAUAAACACAAUCAUCCGAGAGAAGAAAGCAGCACGGAUGCUGAGCGCCAUCCUGCUGGCCUUCAUCCUGACGUGGACGCCCUACAACAUCAUGGUCCUGGCUUCCGUUUCGUACUGCGUGCCUGAGAAGCUUUGGCAGCUGGGAUACUGGCUGUGCUACGUCAACAGCACAGUCAACCCCAUGUGCUACGCCCUGAGCAAUGAGUCCUUCCGCACCACCUUCAAAGCACUGCUCACAUUUCGCCGCGGCGUUGCUAGGAGGUGGGAGGCAGGUCGCCAGAGUCAGCACACCUCAGUGAGGCAGGACAAGUCGUGUAGCACCGUGUAACUUGUUAACCUCGUUAAUCUUCGUUUGCAGCACUGAACGAAAGAACUGAAUGUGGGAGGAACAAACUGCAGUCAGUUUUUUAAACCCCUUUUGCCUCACAGUUGUUCUGGUUGAAUGGACAGCUACCGUCCCCUGUAUAGACUCACAUAUCAUGUUCGAUCCCUCUACAAUAAACAAAAAAGGGCUGAGA